AAUCCUUCAUAUUUAAUGUUAUUUCUUUAUUUAAAUAAGUAUUUUAUUGUUAUACUGUGUAAAUAUAAAGCACAUUAAUUUAAAUUAUAAAUUAUAAAUAAAGCUGCCUUUCUUCCAUCUAUCCAAUAAUGCAUCCGUAUUAAAUACAAACAGGUUUUUGCCAGACUGGUUAUUUUGACACCUUCUUAUAGGCUAAUAGUUUCCAUGGUGACACCUAUCAGAAGGGUUAAUCAUUUUUGAAAUGAUCUUUUAAAGCCUGCAUUAAUGACACCUUUCAAAUCUUUACAAACACGUACUCUAACAGUCGGGAAGACAAACGGCCUUUGACCUUUACUGUAACCUGGAUACACAAAUUAAGGGGAAUUAGUCUUUUAUUUUACUUUUAUCUGUAAAGUCGACUCUCGGGUAAUUUUCACAUUUCCUUUGUGUUGUCUUCGCACCAUCAUCAAUCACAAUCAUCUCCUGGUGUUAGCUGAAUACAGGGGGCAGCCGCUCAUCAAAGGCAGCGGGGUCCCCCUUAUCACCCGGCGUCCCGCAGGUGUAGAGCUCAGUUCACUCUCUCUAAAAAUGACAACAGGAGCUCUGCGCGUCUGGCUCGUCCUCGCUCUCCGGCUGAGAUGCGUCACCCUGCUCGCCCUCCCGCUGGACAGAGGUACGGCAGCCGGGCGCGAGGACGGUUUGGACACUACGAACACGGCGAGCGAGGAGCUGGACGCGAUGUUACAUUUGAAGGAUUUACCUCCAAGUCCAGCGGUGGUUCCUCACAAGAAGGCGCCUCAGUUUAUGUUGGAUCUUUUUAAUGCCGUGACAGUGUCCGACGGGAGCCUGAAGAGCCAGAAGGAGAUUCUGGAAGGAAACAUAGUGCGGAGUUUCGAGGAUAAAGGUCAUUUUGGAGAGAGGUUCCACUUCUUCAACCUGUCGUCUGUAGGCAGAGAGGAGCGAAUGAUCAAAGCAGAGUUCCGUUGGUUCAGAAAGAAACAGAAGUUUUACCUCGGAAAGUCAUAUGGGCCUCAUUUCUACAAGGUGGAUCUGUAUGAGGUGCUGGACAGCCGAGUGAAGCCAUGGAGAGGAAACCUCAUCACCUCCAGACUGGUGCCACUGUACACUCAGGGAUGGGAAGUCUUCAAUGUCACUCAAACAGUGUCAAAGUGGAUCCGCAACAGUCAGGAGAAUAACGGCAUCCUUGUGGUGACGACGCUUCCUUCUGGAAACUGGAUGGAGUCAGUGGCGUCCUCGUGGAAGCGGAAUGGAGAGCUGACAGACACGAACGCCUACCUGGUCUUAUUCUCAGACGACGGGAGGACAGGAGCAUCAAACCAGUCGUACCUGGGACAAGCCUCGCCUGCAGCAGCACCUGAGCUCCACGACCACCGCAGCAGGAGACGGCGUGCAUCUCCUGGCUUCCUGCCCCACAGCCGCUCACAGUCCUGCCAGCGGGUACCCCUCUUCGUCGACUUCGAGGAGAUCGGCUGGUCCGGCUGGAUCAUCUCCCCCCGAGGAUACAACGCCUACCACUGCAAAGGUUCCUGCCCGUUCCCCCUAGGGGGAAGCCUCAAAGCGACCAACCACGCCACGGUGCGCUCCAUCAUGCACGCGCUCAAGCUCUCGAGCGAUGAGGUGGAAGCGCCCUGCUGCGUCCCCGACAGACUCCAGUCCAUCAGUUUGUUAUAUUUUGACGAUGAGCAGAACGUGGUUUUGAAGCAGUAUGACGACAUGGUGGCAUUAAGCUGCGGCUGUCACUGACUGGCCGCGCGUCUCCUUCGCUCUUUAACACCAGAACAAUGAGGGAUGGGGAGAUGAUGGUUUGCUUGACCGGAUUAAAAAACUGUAUUUUCGUG